AUGAUCCUUUAUUUUAUGCUGUGGUUUUCAAACUAUGCAGUAUUUUUGAUGUUCACAUUCCUCAUCAAGAACCAUCGUUAUGGUCAUGGAGCUGAUAAGUAAAAAGGUUUUACUGUGCUUGUGUAUAUUUUCCAUGUACUCUAUGCAAGUGCUUUUGUCGGAGCCUUUAUCCCAGGGUAUGGUGCUGCCUGCUCAGCUGAUAUUUCCUACCCAUAUGUUUUCCAUCACUUAAUCGGAAUUGAUUUCUUACUUGCUAUUGUUGGAGUUGUUUUCUAUGUGAAAAAAUUAUAUAUGAGACAUGAUUACCUUCCCAUCGAGAAUGAGGGAGCUGAUGACCCUAAAAUCCUAUCAUUCAAGAAACAAACGAAAUUCUAUACCAUUCUUCAUAUGAUUUUUGCCUCGAUCUAAGUAGGUUUGAUCUCAAUGCUUGGAAUAUUUGUGAUUCAAAAUAGCAACCACCUAAUAUGUAUUGAUGACGGGCUCAAGUGGAACUAUAACUCAGUCUUUGCAAACUCCUUCGUCACAUUCCAAAUCAUUAUGGUUAUUUUACACUGUGCUAUUUGCGUGAAUGUCUACUAUAGAAUUCCCAAGUCUUUUGGAAUCCUAGAGGAAGAGAAAGAAAAGUAAGCCAAUGAAUGA